UUUUUAUUUAUUACACAGUACACCAAGCAGUAUACACAAUAGUGCGGUUUUGUGAAUUAGUGUUAUCAUUUUCUUCAAAAUAAUGAUUUAUUUGUAAUCAACAUGCCUAGCCAAAAAAAGAAGGCCAAGAAAAUUAAAACUGAAGCUCAAGCACCAGCUGUACCUGUUCCAAUCAAAUCGGAACCGUUGGAUAUUAAGCCGCUGAGUGCAUACGUUGACGAGCGAGUCGAGCUUAUUCGACAGGCAUUCUCAUGCCUCAAACCGAAAGAAGUAAAGGCACUGGGUCCUGAGUUUAUGCAAGGCAAAUCAAUCGAGUUUAUCCAGGAACAGUGCUUGGACGAGGUACUCGGGAUAUCCACAAAACGGUUGUUGUCAAUUAUCAACAGCACCAAAUGCCCGACAGAUACGGAAUCAUCAUCGGAUGAAGAUGCUCAUCAAUCAGCCGAGCACAUAUCGCUUGACGAAAUUUCAUCGGAUUCGGAAGUGGAAGUGACUCAACCGACGAAAAAUGUAAAUUUGAAGGAUAAAAAGGCAAGGAAAACCAGGGAGAAAGGUGCUCCAAUGUGAUUUCCACUGAGUCCGAAUGAAUCAUUUCAAC